AUGGCUCCUCCUAGUGUAUUGAUGGUGGGUACGGGCGAGUACACCACAGGCUACGUCGGCGGCACAGCAUCGACAUCCGACAAAAAGGUCGGCGUAGUAGGCCUGACGCUCUUCGACCUGCGCCGACGAGGCAAAGUCGGCAACCUGAGCAUGGUAGGAGUGUCUGGACGCAAAUUCCCCGGAAUCCGCUCCCACCUCCAAAAGAAUAUCUCCGACGUCUACAACGGCCUCGACGUCUCCUUCACUUCCUACCCAGCAGACGACCAAACCGACCCAGACGCCUACAAGGCCGCUAUCGAUGCCCUCGACCCCGGCUCAGCAAUCACAAUCUUCACCCCCGAUCCAACCCACUUCCCCAUCGCCCUCUACGCCAUACAGCGCAAGAUCCACGUCCUGAUCACCAAGCCCGCAACCCAGCUCCUGUCUGACCACCUCACGCUCCUCGAAGAAGCCCGCAAGAACGGUGUCUUCGUCUUCAUCGAGCACCACAAGCGCUUCGACCCAGCGUACUCCGACGCGCGCGCGAAGGCCCGCAACCUGGGCGACUUCAACUACUUCUACAGUUACAUGAGCCAGCCCAAGAGCCAGCUGGAGACAUUCAAGGCCUGGGCCGGCAAGGACAGCGAUAUCUCAUACUAUUUGAACUCGCACCAUAUCGAUAUCAACGAGAGCAUGGUGCCCGAGUAUGCGCCGGUGAAGGUCACGGCGUCGGCGUCGAAGGGUACGGCGCUGGAUUUGGGCUGUGUAAAUGAGACGGAGGAUACGAUUACACUGCUGGUGGAGUGGAGGAAAAAGAGCGAUCCCUCGCGUGUUGCGACGGGCGUUUAUACUGCUUCUUGGACGGCGCCGCAGAAGGCGGGUGUGCAUUCGAACCAGUAUUUCCAUUAUAUGGGCUCAAAGGGUGAGAUCCGCAUUAACCAGGCCAAGCGUGGCUACGAUGUCACUGAGGAUGAGCAGGGCUUGAUCUGGCUCAACCCCUUCUAUAUGCGCUAUGCACCUGACGAGGACGGCAACUUCAGCGGCCAAACUGGCUACGGCUACAUUAGCUUCGAGAAGUUCAUUGACGCCGUCACGGCAGUCAAUGAGGGUCGGGUAACACUGGAUCAGCUCGAUGCCAGACCACUCCCGACACUCAAGAACACAAUUGCGACCACGGCUAUUCUGCAUGCGGGACGGAUCUCGCUGGACGAGAGACGGCCUGUCGAGAUCGUGACCGAGGGCGACAAGUGGGAGUUGAAGUGA